AUGACCAACAAUACAGCCAACUCCCGGCUAGCGCCUUUCCAGUAUGACGCCUUUCCCCUGGGGUCGAUUAAACCAUCUGGCUGGCUCGAGGACCAGCUUCUGCUUGCUGCAGAAGCGCUUCCAGGCCACAUGUUCGACUUUUACCGAUACGUGGCGGACUCAACCUGGCUAGGAGGCACACACGAGUACAGCGAGUUACACGAAGCUGCGCCGUAUUGGUUCAACUAUAUUGUUCCCUUGGCGUACACCCUGGAUGAUGCGCGGUUGAAGAAGCAGGCGAAGGUGUUCUUGGAUUAUACCCUGGAGCACCAGGCUGAGGACGGCUGGCUCGGGCCUGAGACAACGCGCCAGACCCGGGGUAUAUGGGCGCGGAGUUUACUUUUCUUCGCCCUUAUUGUAAGAUCACUGGGGCCACUCAUCAUGGAAAUAUGCAGUAUUAACCAGCACUAUCAGCAAUAUGCCGAAGCCGACCCCUCCGAGACAGAUCGAAUUGUAACAGCAAUGCACAGAUUCACAGUUCUUAUACACAGCAUGCUGCAGAACAACUUCACUGGGUUGCUGCAGGAUGUAGCCGAGGGCGAUGCCUUUGACCCAUAUGGGUUCGGUGUAUCCAGGACGCACGAGCUGCCGUUGGCUCUACAGUGGCUUUAUGAGAACCACCCGCGGGGCAACCAAGAGGUCAUCUGGGAGACGAUGGAGCUGAUGUUUGCUGGUGGGAGGAAAGGGGAUCGAGAUUGGACGAAGUUCUUCGUCGAAGGAGUCUUUCCUGUGGGCACACCAGGCAAGAUGAGUGGCUUUACCCAUGGUGUCAAUCUCGCUGAGGGACUUCGAUACCCUUCUGUUCUCUAUCGCAUGACGCACAAUACGUCUCUCUCGAGUCAAACGCAUAACGCAGUCCGGUGGACGGAGCAGUACCAGUUAACACGCGCAGGCAGUGUUACUGGCGACGAGCAUCUGGGUGGGAAAAGCCCGCAAAGAGGAUCUGAAACAUGCAUGGCUGUGGAGAUGAUGUUCUCCAUGGCCUAUCUGUACCGAAUGUACGGUGUCAACCAUUACGCUGACAUGGUAGAGCGCCCUGCAUUCAAUGCGUUGCCGGCCGCGAUAAGCCCUGAUUGGUGGGCACACCAAUAUGUGCAGCAGACGAACCAGCCCUGGUCGAGAAACCUGACCGCUAAUCCAUUCUUCAAUGUGGUCUCUUAUGGUAGCACGUUCGGACUGGAGCCAAACUUUCCGUGCUGCACCGUCAACCACGCCCAGGGAUAUCCCAAAUACGCCGCCUCUUCGUACGUUCGCCAGGGACACGAUCAUGUUAUCCAUGCACUGCUAGGGCCCACCACUUUGGACACGCUCAUACAUGACCAGAGGGUAAAGAUCUCCUGCGAGACAAACUAUCCGUUUCAUGGGAGCCUCCGGUAUACGAUAACAUCCGAGACGGAGUUCGACUUCUCUGUCCGCAUCCCAGGCUGGGGACUCACUUCUAACAAAUCGAAGUACCGGGCCGGCCAGAGCGAAUGGCGCAACCUGUCUCCUACCGCGGACCACCUUCAAUCAUUCCGUAUUCGCAAUGGCACCACCCCAGUCGAGGUCGACCUUCACAUGGUACCUAAGGUCACCGAGCCUCUAAACGGCUCCGUCGCCAUCUACUACGGGCCCUUGCUAUAUGCCCUGGAUAUUGAAGUUGCCGAGCUGACAUCCCACUCCCCACUGAACUGGACAGACCGCACCCCUCUCCCGGCCGCCGAUGUGAUGCCAGAAACCAGAGACUGGGUGAUGAACCCAGUGUCGGAAUGGCGAUAUGCAAUCGACCCGAGCUCCAUAACUGUUGAGAACCUAAACCAGUCUGGCAGAGCUUUGCCGAAUCCUAUCUGGGCUCGCGAGGCGACGCCAGUAGUCCUAUGGGUCGAUGGCUGGUUAAUUGACUGGAAGGAGGAGACGGGCACGGCUGCGCUUCCCCCGGUGAAUCCUGAAGUGAAGGGGAAGCCAACGAGGAUCCGAUUGAUUCCGUACGGAGCGGCGAAGCUGCACAUUGCAGACUUUCCUCUGGCAAAGAGGGUUUAA